AUGGCCAAGAAGGAGGACACCACCGCCAAGAAGGAGAACGAAUCGAUGAUGGGCAAAGCCUACCGCUACAUGGACAGUUUCCACAACGUGGAACCUGACCGACCUCCGUCAUCGAUAGGAUGCCUCUUGACGGUGCUGAUGGUUCCUGUCGUGCUGAUUUAUAUCGUAGUAUGGGUGGUGCAACAUGAAGGACAGCCUCCGGUGGAAAGCAUGGUGAUCGACUGGUCAGUUUCAAAGGGUCCUUUCCCGAUGAAGGUUUCCUGUGCAGAGGCCAGCUGCUGGAUGUGGAUAUCGGGCUGCACGAGCGGCAGCUCUGAUCAAUGCAUUGCCAUGUCCAGCGGCGAGUCGAGGACCAUAGAGAUGUGCUAUUCCAAUGCUGCCCGCGAGGGUUUGCACAUGUGGUGGAGCUCCCCGAACGGCACCGACCCCACCACAGCGGGCGUGAAAAUCUACUCUCAGGCCUUGAACAUGGAGAUGAAUCAGCUUGUGGAGCCCGGCAGGUCUUCGAUGACCUACGUGAAGACCCACGACACGACGCAAGAAGAGAGCGACUACAACCACCUCCGUCAUGAAUGGUUCGUGAUGUACCUGUCCUCGCAGGCUCUCGAGCCUGCGCACCAGGGUGCCCGGGUAUGCAGAAGCGUGCACAGCAGUGCUCUUCGUUAUCAGGGGUCCUAUAGGAAAUCGGAUCCCGGCUGCAAGCCCCGAAAUGAUGGGACCGCUGCCCUAAACCCUAAAACGCUACUUGUAGCUUCUACGGCUAUACAUUAA